AAUAUCAAUAACAAAAAUAAUAAAUAUAUUUUGUCAUCAUCUUGGAGCCUCUGUUUUGGGUCAGAGGAUUUUCUCAGAUCUGAUUUCUAAGCUCUGCAGGAAACAAGGAACAAACCGUAGUACGGCGUCGUUUCACGUGCUUCCCCCAAUGACGUAGAUUGCCUAAACACCAACCAAUCUCUCGUUUUUAUUUUACUUUUGUUUUAUUUUAAAAUUUUAUUCUCCUCUCUGGCCGUCUCUCUCUUCUCGCUGAGCUGCGGAGAAGGGCUGAAGGGGCCGCCAUUUUUCAAUGGAUUCGGAUGAAUUCCGGGCGAUCUUGUCGGGAUCGAGGGUCGGGAUUUGGGAGAUGAUAGAGGCGGCGAUUCGAGUCGCCAGCUCGGACCACGGCGACGAGCUGCGCCGCCGGAGGGAUAAAAUCGUCGAGUCGCUCUACGCCCCCGCCGCCCGGACCUGCCGGAACUGUGGCGGAGACGACGACGAAGCUCGGGACCACCGCUUUCAUCAUACCAAUAAUUAUACGAAUAGUGAUGAUGUUGAAGAUAAAGUUAACAGCCCGGACUGUAACAAUAAGAGAUUCGAUGUGGUUGAUGAUGGUGAUGAUCAUGAUGACGACGACGAUAAAACUGAUCGGAAUUUGGAUGGGAAUUUUCGUAAAAGCCCGUUGACUCCGGAGUCAAACCAUCGGAGUUUCAGCGGCGGAGAAGAAGGUGAGGAUGUCGAUCCAUACGGUGGGUUGUUUGAUGAUGAGCAGACAAGAAUCCUCACCAUCAAAGAGCAGCUCGAAGAUCCAAACCAGAGUGAAGAUGAUGUAGUGGAAUUGCUGCAUAACUUGUCAGAUAUGGAUAUCACUUUCCAAGCUCUCAAGGAAACUGACAUAGGAAGGCAUGUGAAUAGAUUGAGGAAGCAUCCAUCCAACGAAGUUCGUAUAUUGGUGAAGCAGCUUGUCAGAAAAUGGAAAGAAACAGUGGACGACUGGGUUAAAGUGAAUCAACCACAAAGAACCUCUGACCUCAAUGCUGAUGUGGAUUCACCUCAGCAGAACAUACCCAAAAACCAACAAAAUGGCCAUCACCAGAGAGCACAACAGAGAGAGCCUGCCUUGGAUGACGAAAGGCUAAAUUCAGCAAGAAGGCGGCUUCAGGAGAACUACCAAGAAGCUCAAAACGCCAAAAAGCAAAGAACUAUUCAGGUGAUGGAUAUUCACGAGAUUCCCAAGCCAAAGAACGCCUACUUCGCAAAGAACAAAGGCGGCUUUCAAGGGAGGAACCAUCGGUAAUUUUGUCAGUUUCUCAUUUUUCUAUUUUCUUUUCCAUUGUCACGAGUUCAUUGUUGUAUAAUAUAAUGUUGUCUGAUAAAUUAAGGGGCUUCCUCGAAAGCAGUUGGUUUGUUCCCCUUUGUGUUUUGACUGUCGAGCAUAAGCUAAAAUAAAACAGCAGAUUGACCAAUUCGUGAUUUUGUUAUUGUACUAGUCGUGCUUCUAAUCUUGACAGUCUUGCUUCUAAUCCAGAUUUUACAUACUUUACAGAAAAAUCAUAUAGUGACAAUGAGAACUUAUGUUAAAUAUUAGACAAGUAACUAAGUGCAAAUAUAACUAAAUGAGAAUAUGUUAUAGAGCAUCAAGCUAGUGAUAGCCUUGUACUUUUGUCCUAAAACUCAUCUUCUCGAGAUAAAUAAACUAAAAACAGUGUCAUUAAUUCCUAAAAGCAAAACAAAAGGUUCAAAUGCAUGAAAAUCAAGAAACAUAUUAUUUAAACCACUAAUGAGUAAUGAACCAAACAUCCAAACUCCUAGUUGUCUGCCGGCAAAGGCUGCGAAAAUGGGCUAAGAACAGGCCCAACUCCAAACGGGCUCGAUG